AGCUGGAAACACACACACGUAGCCUGCACUCAGACUGAUUUUUUUUAAUUUAACGCAAUUAUUAUUUUUGGGCAGUUCAUUUUUCAUCCAAGUGCAAGACAUGGAAUAUUUCGUGGUGCCCACUCAAAAGGUACCUUCAUUCCAGGAUUUCAGGAAGACUGAGAAAGAAGUGAUAGGAGGUCUCUGUAGCUUGGCUAAUAUUCCACUGUCCCAGGAGUCUCAAAGAGACCAGGAGAGGAGGAUACGGAGAGAGAUCGCCAACAGCAAUGAACGACGCCGAAUGCAAAGCAUCAAUGCUGGCUUCCAGUCCCUGAAGACACUGAUACCACACACAGAUGGCGAGAAACUGAGCAAGGCAGCCAUUUUGCAGCAAACUGCUGAAUAUAUAUUCUCACUUGAGCAAGAGAAAACCCGACUACUUCAGCAGAACUCCCAGCUGAAGCGCUUCAUUCAGGAAUACAGUGGCUCCUCACCCAAACGGAGGCGGGCAGAGGAUAAAGACGAAGGGAUCGGCUCCCCAGAUGUCUGGGAGGAUGAGAAACUAGAGGACUUGAAACGGGAGAUGAUUGAACUGCGGCAGCAGCUGGAUAAGGAACGCUCUGUUAGAAUGAUGCUGGAGGAACAGCAGGUUCGCUCGCUGGAAGCUCAUGUGUACCCCGAGAAGCUGAAGGCCAUUGCGCAGCAGGUACAGAUGCAGCAACAGCAGCUGGAGCAGUCCAAGAUCCUUCAGCUGGGCGAGCAGCAGGAACCCGAGCCCUGUCGCGUAACACAGCUGCUGGCGGCACCUAUUGUUCCAGCAUCAACUCACCAUCCUACUGUCAUAGUGCAAACUCCACCUCCGAUGCCUUCACACCAAGUCACUGUGGUGACAAUGGGACCAUCCACCGUUAUCAACAGUUCCUCCACUACAUCAAGACAAAACUUAGACACAAUUGUGCAGGCGAUCCAGCACAUUGAAGGGACUCGAGAGAAGCCAGAGGAGGAGCAGCGACCAGUAGUGAUUGUCCAACCUAAUCGAGCUUGGUCUGAUACUGAAUCAGACAGGGAGGAGAGCGAAGCAACAGAAAAUCCAGCACUGGGCAAGGAGAAGGAGCCAGUGGAGAGAGUUCUUCCAUGACACUAGAGCUGCAUCACACUGACCGAUCCAGGUGGCAUUCCCUGUGUUAUUCUCAGAAAAAGGAAUUUUUUAAAGUUGGAGUGUGUUUUUGGACCUUCCCAAUACUGUAAACAGUCAAAGCCUGGAGUGAGAGGCUAUUGAAAUCUGGACCAUACCAGAUGGGAUCUCAAAAUCCUUUCUCAUGACUACCUUGGAAUCCAUAGCUGAAGAGUUGCUGAAGGACAUUUUAGCAUUCUUUUUUGUUCUGGGAGAGGGGGGUGGAAUUUCAAGCACUUACCAAUUUGUUCGGUCCGUUGAGAGGAGGUCCUCUCAGUGUGACUGCUCAUCCACUUCAGCACCCACCCCCCUUUCUUGUACUGAUGUAGUUAAUUUUUUUAUGCAACGUCAUUUCAUGUAGUUUGUUUGUUAGUUUCCCUUCAUCUCUCCCUGUAUCUGUAUUUGAGUUGUAUGUUGAGACGAGGUUUGUGUUCAUGGAAAAACUAUUAUAUUUUGUUAAAGAAAGUGGAAAAAAAUGGCACCUGCCAUGUAAA